CGGAGCAGACGGAGCCGCCGUCCGGUGGCUCAAAAACAGGGAAUAACUGUGGAUUACACUGAAUUUAUUUUUGACUCACACGCCAAAAGGAGGGAAACGGUGGUUAAUGGAGUGAACUGGACGUUGACGCGGAUGAGGAUACAACAUCUUUAAGUGAGACUUUACCGUUUGCAGACCCGGACACAGACAACACGGAGGCAGAAAGAAGUACCAGAGCCUCCGUGACACCAGCGAGCGAACUUGGCUUCUCUGCCCAGUGGGAGGUGUCCGUCUGUCGGCUGUGGCUCCUUGCAAGAACCAUUACUCGGACCUUUUUGAAUUAAGCCGGUAGUGUGUCUGGCUAAGUUAUGUCUUUGUAAAUAGCUUCUUUUUGGGGGGGCUUUCGGCAACCAACUGUGGCUUUAAUGUGACGCACCACACUGACAUUAGUGCCGUGUGUCGGAGCGGACCCCCUCUGCAGAGGAGUUAAAGGCUUUGAAAUCAAGUUUUUAUCUUCACAUUUCUACGCUGCCAACAAAGCCCACACAGAUGUGAGAGUGAAGUGGGUUGAAGAAGAUUUAGCUGGGCCAGGCUGGGCCUACCUAGCCCUCUGUCUGGCCUUAGCACAUGGGUCAGCGACUCCUCCAUAGAGACUCCAACCAGUGUCUGACUUCACCACAACUCAAAGUGGAGCCAUAACAAACUGGGAUUUCAGUCAUUUUUUUACCCUCAGGAGGCCGCACUGGUCUGUAAGAUCUUCAGUCCUUCCAUGUCGUGGUCGUCCCUCUCUGGAUGUUGGCAGCAGGAUGGAUUCGGGUGUUAAUUUGACAUUUAUCACCUCAUUGCAGUGUUUGCACCCCCCUUUCUUUGACUGCCUUUCAUCCUGCCCUUCCCCAGUCUUGAAGAGAAGGCCCCUUCCUCUCUCUGGGGGCUUCCCUGAGCCCUGUUUGGAAGGGCCUUGUAGGAACUGUGGGCUGUUGUUUUGAAACUGCUGACACUGUAAAGAGGAAGAAGAGUUAAAAAUUAUUGCAAAAAAACUACAGUACAACAUGAAAACUGCUGUAUUCAAUAGAUUUGAUUGAGUUCUUUUGUCUUACCCACCCUUUUUUCUGUCCCUGAGUUUGGUCCAAGGUUGGAGAGCUUUUAAUUUGACCGAUGAUUGAUAAAUUGAAGAUUCCCCUCUUAAAGUAAGUCCUUAUUUGUACGCAAGAUUUCUCUGUGUUGUUCAGAGACUUGAGGAGGAAUGUCUGAAAGCAACAGCAGCAGCAAAGCAGUGAAAUUCAUUGCCCCGGCCCCACCUUCGGCCUCUUCCUCUCCCUGUCCAUCACCCCAGUCCACCCACAAAAAUGUGAAUGGUGCUGCCAGUUCAGACUCGCAUGUGGUGGAGAAGCUUGGCGGGCAAGCUGAGGUCCAACGUCGGCGCCACACAAUGGAUAGAGACUCUAAAACAGCCGAACACCGCUUCUUCCGCCGGAGUGUCAUCUGUGACUCCAAUGCCACAGCUUUGGACCUGCCCAGCAAGGCAGCAGUUAUACUCACUUCACCUCCAGACUGCGAGGGGUCUCCUACCUUCUUCCCUCCACAACCAUCUGGUCCUGGUGUAGGAGAAGCUGAUGGCAGGGAGGUCCAAAGCACAAACCUUCAGCCUGGUCUUGGGAUAAGUGGGGCUGUUUCAGAGGAGGACAAAAGAACUGCUGGGGUAGAUUUAGGUGAAGGCAGUAGCGCUGUUUCCACCUGCAGCAGUGUUGAGCACAGUGCAGAUGGGGAGGUUAAAGAGCCCAGCCCGACAGCAUUGGAUGUAACAGACAAAACAGCUGGUAAACAACCUGAUGCCUUGUUACAUCCUGAGGACUCACAACAGAUAGCAAAAGAUGGAAAAGAGGCAGACUCUGGAGGCGCCAGCAGCCCAACAGAGGAAAAAGAGAGGGAGCUAGAGGAGGAGAAAGGGCUUGCAAAAGCCCGGGCAGAGCAGAGGGAGGCAGAGAAACGAGUGCAAGAGGACAAAGAAGAGGUUGAAACAAAAGCUGUGGGGACUUCUCCAGACGGACGUUUCCUAAAAUUUGACAUCGAGAUUGGAAGAGGCUCCUUUAAAACCGUGUACAAGGGCCUGGAUACGGAGACUACAGUGGAAGUGGCAUGGUGUGAACUCCAGGAUCGAAAGCUGUCCAAAUCAGAGCGUCAGCGCUUCAAAGAGGAAGCAGGGAUGUUGAAGGGUCUCCAGCAUCCUAACAUUGUCCGCUUCUAUGACUCCUGGGAGGGACCGUGCAAAGGAAAGAAAUGCAUUGUUCUGGUCACUGAGUUAAUGACAUCUGGCACACUGAAAACCUACCUGAAGCGUUUCAAGGUUAUGAAAAUCAAAGUCCUGCGUUCAUGGUGCAGACAGAUCCUCAAAGGCCUUCACUUUCUGCACACCAGAGCCCCGCCCAUCAUUCACAGGGACCUGAAAUGUGACAACAUCUUCAUCACAGGGCCCACAGGCUCUGUAAAGAUAGGAGAUCUGGGUCUAGCCACGCUUAAGAGGGCCUCGUUUGCAAAGAGUGUCAUAGGAACCCCUGAGUUUAUGGCUCCAGAAAUGUACGAGGAAAAGUAUGACGAAUCAGUAGACGUCUACGCCUUCGGGAUGUGCAUGCUGGAGAUGGCGACCUCAGAGUACCCCUACUCUGAAUGUCAGAAUGCUGCCCAGAUCUAUAGGCGGGUCACUAGUGGAGUGAAGCCUGGCAGUUUUGACAAGGUUGCCAUUCCUGAGGUGAAGGAAAUCAUAGAGGGCUGCAUCAGGACAAACAAGGAUGAGAGAUAUGCUAUAAAGGUCCUGCUGAACCAUGCAUUCUUCCAGGAGGACACAGGCGUCAGGGUUGAACUUGCAGAGGAGGAUGAUGGGGAAAUGAUCGCCAUUAAGCUGUGGCUUAGAAUAGAAGAUGUGAAAAAGCUCAAAGGCAAAUACAAAGAAAACGAAGCCAUCGAGUUCUCCUUUGACCUGAACAAGGACGUCCCUGAAGAUGUUGCCCAGGAAAUGGUUGAGUCCGGCUAUGUUGCAGAGGCCGACCACAAGACGAUGGCUAAAGCAAUCAAAGACCGAGCGUCCAUGAUCCGUAGGAAGAGAGAACAGAGGCAGCUGGUACGAGAGGAGCAAGAGAAGAGAAAACAGGAGAGCGAACAACAACUGCAGCAGCAGCAACAACAACAACAACAACAAGAGGCACUUAAAUCAGCACACACACAGGGAGAGACAGAGGAGACUGAAGUGGAACAACAGCAGCAUCAUUAUCAGCAGACAGGCAUCUCACACACAUCUGAGGGAGGUUUGGACAGUGGCCAGGGCUCCUCCGUUUUCUCCUCAGACUCCCCCCACCUGGCUCAGCUGACCAUGUCCUACAGCUGCCCCCCCUCCUCCCAGCCCCCUUCUCAACCCCAAACCCCCUACCCUCAAACCCCUUCUGCAACUCCACAGCAGCACCCAGGCUAUGCCCAGCCACCGCAGCCAAUGCCUACGUUGCAUCGUCGUCGAAAUCGUAGCAUGUCUGUUUGUGUACCCCCCUCCUCCUACUCCUUCUCCCAUGCUCCGUCACCCCUGGCUGUUCGUCCAAAGCCGCCCUCCACCCCUCCUCCAGACCUGUCCUUCUCCUCCUUGUCCUCCUACACCACCGCCUCCCCCUGCAUGCCUCUCACAGCUGAGAGGGAUACAUUCGCCGGGCGCCUCUCCAAGGCCCUGGAGACAGUCCUCCCCCUUCACUCUACCACCUCCUCACCCAGGGCCAGGCAGCGGAGGGCCAGCCUGCCUGCCCUUUUCUCCAGCCCCCAGCAUUCAAUGCAGCACCCCUACAGCGGUGGAGCAGGAGGAGGAUCAGCAGGAGGGAGCAUCCCCCUGCCAAAUCUCCCAGACCCCUCUACCAUUUUCUUCCCCUCCAUCCCAGAACGCCCAAUUUCCUUCUCACCUCCCCCCAUUGGGCCCCCGAAGGCCUACAACACCCAGAGACGCAAGAGCACGUCCAUCCUUGAGGCACACACACGGCACUUUCAGCCUGCCUACCCUCGCUACGGGAGCAGCCUGCAUCCUUUUUCUGGGAUGGAGGGAGUUGAGACCCCCUCUCUCUUUAUGGUUAAUCCCAGUUUUGCAGCAGCUGCUCAAAGACUUGGCGUUGGGGAGCCACUGCAUCUCCCAGGACAGUCUGAUCCAAGUUUGUACGGCUAUAAAGACAUGAGAGCAGAGCACGAGGAAGCAGUGCGGAGAUUAAGUCUGAAUCAAGCUGCCUUAUUGGACCAUUAUGAAGCGAUGGCAUAUGGAGGAUACCCAAUGACUGCACACCAGCUCUUCCAUCAGCAGAGGCAGGCAGCAGUUGCAGCUGCUAGUCUAGGAUAUGAACCUGUUCCUGCACCACAACCAGCAUUUUUGCACCCACAUCUCAUGCAAAGAAUGAGUGCACAUAGCCCCAUUCCUCAACCUUUAACACCAAUGAGUGCGCCUGCAGGUGGAGCUGUGACUUCUUCAUCAUCUGAUGGAUGUUAUCCUCCACCACAGUAUGCUUCCCCCUCUGCUUUCUCCAAUUCGGCACCCCCAGUGAUGUCUGACACUCCGCUGCCAACAGGGAGUGUGUUUGAGUUCCAUUUAGCUGCAGCUGCUGCAGCUGCUGCUGGAGACCCGAGCAUCCUCACAUCCAGAAUCUACCGGGCCCGGAGAAGCUCCAUGGAUCUUGCUCUAGAGGAGAACACUGGAACUGGAUCAGGAGGUUCAGGCACCUACAGCCGACUCCAACCUGUGACGGAAGAACUGUAUUCAUAUGUCAGUCCUGAGCUCCCCCUACCACCAGGAAGUCUUCUUCUCCACCACCCAGGUGUAUCAGCAAAAGACAGAAGUCCUGAACCCUCUAGUGACUCCAUGGCCUCCUCUGAUGCAGGAGAAUUCCAGUCUCCUCCUCCCCCACCGCUUCUCCCAUCAUAUGACUCUUCAGCUGCCCAAUCCAUCCCUCACUCCUCAUCCACAUCCCUCUACGACUCAUCUGGAGUUUACCCCCUAGACCCCCAGGGCCAUCCACCAUCCAUGCAGAGCUUUCUCCCUCCCACUCCAUCCUCUGAGCUUCCGCUGGGGGGACCACCAUCGACUCAGCUGGAGUCUCUGAUCCAGAGUGCCUGGGCCCGGCAUGGAGGGGUGGUUCCAGCUCAGCCUGAUAUGACGUACCAUGAGUCAUUGCUGGCCAUGCAGGCCGCUAACCCCACUCUGCAGCAGGUUCAGGCACCUACUCCUCAGCCCUCUCCAGGACCCCCUCUGGUCCCUGCCACCACUCAGCAAGCUCCUCCUGGGACCCCUCAACAAGUGGUUUCAUCCAGUCAGAGUGUAGCAUCCGUUCAGAGCCCCACACACACGACCCUGCAGCAGGCGCCAGCACAGCCCAGUGUAACACCAUCUGCUGUCCCCUUGGUGACCCCGCCCUCUCCACCGUCCCUCCCCAACACCAUGCCGACAGCGGCGGUGGCCUCCCCUCCCUCUCCUCUGCCAGCCCCUGUUAGAGUGAUGCCUACUACUGUCGUUUCCCCUUCUCCUCCUCCUCCUCCUCCUCCUCCUGUGCCCACACCCGUGCCUCAGCCGUUGGCCACUGUGGUGCCAAUCAUCAGUGUAGUCACCACCCCGCCUGAUACCCCCAUGGAAACCCCUCCCCAGUCUGCCUCUCAGGCUUCAGAGCUGUCCCACUCCCAACUUCAGCCACCUCAGGUUCUUUCAUCAAUUGAGAGUGGUCACUCUGAGGCUUCAGGUCUGAGCGACGGAAAUGAAGGAGGAGGACGCCAUGAAGGCCGGUCCACAAAACGGCAUCAGAGACGCUCUGUGCGAAGUCGAUCACGCCAUGAGAAGAUAUCCAAGGCCAAACUUAAUGUUCUCAAUAUUUCAAACCGUGGAGACAGGGUGGCAGAGUGUCAGCUUGAGACCCACAACAGGAAGAUGGUGACUUUUAGGUUUGACCUGGAUGGAGACAAUCCUGAGGAGAUCGCACAGAUCAUGGUCCAGAGUGAAUUCAUCCUGGAGAGUGAGAGGGAGUCUUUCAUUGAGCAGGUCAGAGAGGUGAUUGAGAACGCUGAUGAGAAGGGUCUGGAGAGGGACACAAGCAGCAAGAUGGGAGGUGACAUGCAGCAGCAGAUUCCUGCUAUAUCUGUUCCAAUGCAAGAUAUCCCUCCCAGUGCUACAGCACAGGUGGUCCAUUCAGCAGGACGGAGGUUUAUCGUCAGCCCCGUGCCUGAAGCCAGGCUGAGGGAACAAAUGUUUCCACCCUCUCCAUCUCCUUCUCCUGCCCCUGCACCUCCUGUUGAAACGGUUCCUCCAACACCAGCUCCAGCUCAGCCGCAGCCUCAAGCCCAGGGUUUGCUGUUGUCCCAGUCUGCCGGUGCGAUCAGCUUACAACAAGCCUUCUCUGAGCUCAGACAGAACCAGACUCAGUUUGAUACUGGACCCAGCACGGCUCCUGCAUCUAUCCACUCCACCCAUCCUCCUUUGCAGCCCACAGCAGCUCCCAUCCCCUCACAGCCCAGCUCUGUCACUCCUCCUGUGGAUGCUGCUGCUGUGCUUGUCCCUUCAAAUCAGAUCCAGACACAGGAGCGAGUUCCAGAAACCCCUUCCUCUGUCCCCUCCUUUGUGCCUGCUGUGUGUCUCAGCCCUCCUUGUUCCUCCUCCCCUCCUCCUACUGUGGUGAAUCAGUCCGUCCUUCAGUCACAGGUACCUUCACAGGCGGGGAUUCAGGCCUUGUCUCAACCCCAGGGACCAGCACAGGUCCAGGUGCAGACACAAAUUCAGCCUCAAGCAUUCAGCCAGCCUCCGAUUCCAACUGUUACUGCUGUCAUUGGUGCUCCAGUACCUUCAGCGGUGCUCACCUCCCCUCCUACUGGGCAUACUGCUCCCCUUGUAUUCUCCCCUCCCUCCUCCACUUUUAUACCCAGUGAGGUCUCCUCUGAUCACUUGUCAGGCUCCCCCAUUACCUCCUCCACUCCCUCACUCUCCUCUACCGUCAUCCCCACAACUGCAAUUCCAGGCCCACAGCUCGCUCCCUCUGCUGCUGUGUCUUCUCACCCCUCUCCACCUCCUGCCUCUUCCUCCUCCUCUGUUGUGGGGCUGCAGCCAGUGACAACCAACGUUCCUUCAGUCCAGUCAACGUUGGUCCACUCACAGCCGCAAACAACUGCCCUACCUGGGCAGACGCACACACACUGUGGAGAAUGUGAUGCAAGGUGUGAGGUGUCCACCGAGUCCCAGGGCAAACCAGAUGACAUCCAAGCCCUGGAGAAGAAGCUGCGCUCUCUCUUCAUGGACCUUGGUGGUGGGGUGCCAUCAGCAGACAUCUUAGCAUCUGACCCCUCCUCUGUAGCUCAUGCAGCAGGCACUUCAUCCCCAAUAGGACCCCCCUCUACCUCCAGCACAUCUGUCACCACACCUGGCUCAGGCCUGCCAACCAAUCCUCCUCAGCCCCCCUCUAGCUUAGCACUGGGGUCACUGGGGUCACCUGCUCCGAUUCAGGGCCCAGGGACACCCAUCUCCACCCCUGCACAGAUUGUUUCUACAGUCAUUCCGGCUUCAUCCUUCAGCCAGACCACUCCAUCCAAACCCCCUUUAACCAGGGUCCCGACCAGUUCUCCUACUUCAGAACUCCUGCCAUCUUUCCCUGGACCUUGUAUAAUACAGUCCCAGCAGCCUCUGGAGGACCUUGAUGCUCAGCUAAGGCGAGCACUGAGCCCAGAGACUGUUCCUGUCAGCACACAUACACAGGCAUCUCAUGGUGGCAUACCUUCAGUGGGACAACCAAUCCCCUUCUCCCUGGAGGAAGAAACUGCACCUUCUCCUGUUCCUGCACCUCCCUCAGGUGGAGUUAAAUUGGGCAGAUUUCAGGUUUCACUGGCUGCAGAGGAACCUCCCUCCAAACCCCCCGCCUGCACCGAGUCCUCCUCCACUAGUUCUUCCUCCUCGUCUUCUUCUUCCUCAUCCUCCUCCAGUCUCUCCAGCCCCGAGAACACGCUGCACAAGGACUCCUCAUCUCCUCUGAGAGUGGGAGUAGGAGGAAAAGGUGGGGAUGUUGUGGACGGACUCCCGCACAAGACUGUGGGAGGAUCCCACCAACCAUCCCCCCAUGCUUCACCUUGCCCCUCUCCUAAGCCGCCCACCACCAUCGGACGCUUCCAGGUCACGACUAGCACCGAGGCCCGUGUUGGUAGAUUCUCAGUCAGCCGAGCCCAGGAGCAGAGCCCCCAGAGCCCCGAGUCCAGACCAACCCCUCCACCAGCUGCAAAGGCUGCUAAUGGACCCAGUGAUCCUGUGCAGCUUCUGAGCCCAGACUCCACCCAUAAAAGCUCACUGCCAAGCCUCAACAACUCCUUCAACAACUCUUACAUCAGCAGUGAUAAUGAUUCUGAAUUUGAGGAUGAGGACUUCAAACGGGAAGUCAGCCGUCUCAAAGAAAAGCACAUGCGUGAGAUUCAAGCGCUCCAUUCUCGCCAGAGGGAGGAAAUAGAAAACCUCUUCACCAAGCUUGGAAAGGUUCCUCCAGCAGCAGUGCUCCCUCCAGUUAUGAAUCUGACUGGCAGACGGAGACGACCAACCAAAAGCAAAUCUUCCAAAUCGUCCAGAACCAGCUCCACGCAUGGCAGUAAGAGCCCUUUACAGCCAGGCAGCACUUUAUCCGCCCAGAGCGUUCCCACCAUGUACCCCGGCCAGCUGGCUCUGUUAACCCCGGGAGGAUUAGCUGAUUCGGGCGGCAGCACAAUGCUCCAGCCUCUCAAACCCUCUCCCUCCAGCAACAACCUGUGUUCUGCAUACACCAGCGAGGGGGCGCUGUCUGUGCCCAGCCUGUGUGCUCCCACCCCAGGCUGUGUAAAGUUCAGCUGGGGUUCGGAGCGUUUGGCCUUCAAGCCUGGCGGCAGGAGGACGCGCUUUCUGAGUACGCCCUGCUUGGCUCUUUGGAAGAUGGUGAAAAAAGUCUGCCCCUGCAACCAGCUCUGUAGGACGAACAGCACCAAUGCAGUGAGCGGGUCAGGCGUUUUGGGUCAGAGUCAGAGUGGAUCUCAGAGUCUGCCUCCUAACAUAUCAGCCCCCCACCAGAGAAAAGGAACGUUCACAGACGACCUCCAUAAACUGGUGGACAACUGGGCCAGAGAUGCCAUGAACCUCUCACAGGGGAAGAGGAGUGCCAAACAGCUGCAGCAGGCCCCAGCACAAGGACACAGCUAUGAGGUGAUCCAGUCCGCCAAUCUGGGCAGGAAGUUCUCUGCCCCCAGCCAGCUGUGUGCCAGCAGCAUCGGGGGCUCCGCCCACCUCCCCUCAAACCCCACCACGGCUACCUCUCUGGCUGUCCGUAAAGGCUCCCUGUGCCACCCACCCGCCUCCUCCACUCCACCCCAACCCCAGCCUCCCCAAUUCAUCCACUACACCCCCACUGCUGCCUACAGUGCACAAUGGUCCGGUCCUGCCCAUAGCCUCCCCACCCCACAUCAGGCCCCCGGACAGCCCGGGCCCCUACUGGUCAGCACCUCCCAGCCCAUUGGCCCUUACCCAGCAGUCUCAGUAGGAGGUCAGGGCCAGAUCCCAGGGCAGGGUCCGCUCCAGGCUUUCCAUCUUGCCAACGCUUUGCAAAAGUCUGUCAGCAACCCUGGAGGGCCCAAUCUGAGGACGACGUAGGGCUGGGGGAGAGGGCUGGAGUGAAUCACGGCCCGGCUAGACCGAACAGAGCAGCAGAGUGUUAUGAGCGUAGAGUCUGAAGUGGCUGCAGGAAACAGAAACAGAAGAGGAGAAAUAUCCAUCCAUAUGUGUGAGGAGCUGUCACAGAUGCAGUCACAUAAUCUCCCCUCCUGAUGUGAUCGGCCUGUGACAGCCAGCCAAACGCUCAAAGAUGAAUUAAAAAGACUCAUGAGUGCAAUGUAAAAAGGCCAAAGAGGUAUUGACAGGGUGCGGUGUCGGUGUUAGUAACUGUUGUUGUGUUGAGGCACUUAUUGCUCGAUCGCACUUGUUCCAUUUCAUGCUCAAAUCUGUGUGAAGCAGGUCAGUCGACCUCUGAGAUACUGUAGGGGAGAUGUUAGGUCAUUUUGAGGGGGAGGAAACCAAACUUAGUUCUCGUGUCCACACAGCAGCUCUUAAUAGCUUGUCAGGCUGAAGUUGCUUGAUGGGCUGGAUGUUUUAAAAAAUUCUUAAGCUUUAAAGAAGAUAGAAAGGAUGCUGGUGAUUCAAAUUUGAGAAAUUGGUAUAAACAUAGAGGCAACUUGUGGAUUUAGAGAUGGGUGUGAUAGGCAGAGCAAGCUGCUUAAAAGAGUUGGAGGACGUCUCCAGGACGUGUUUAGAAGCUCAAAAAGAGCUUUUUCCUCAGUAUACAUGAUUUGGAUAUAUUUUUUAACCAUUUGAAGCAUUAACAAAACCCCUAAAACAAACCAAACACGCAUUGAAAUGUAAAGGAUGUGAGCUGCCUGAAGUGGUUAGAGGUAGUCCAGCACCUGUUAGCUUGAGUAAAAGUCAUGACAGCUUGUUACCAUCUCUGUCUUGCUCCUUCUGUGUUCUGGCAAAGUGCUCAAGCAGAUGGUGAGAGAUGGAGGUGAGAAAGAAAAGCAAGAGCAGAUGACAGUCAAACACCUCAUCUGUUUUUUGAUGCUCUCUUUCUCUCUGGCUAAAGUAUUGAAUGAACGUGACAGCUGCUUCUAAACAGCAAACGCCUCUUCACCAUCACGACUCCACCUCUCCCUCCCCUCCCUCCUUCUGUCCGCCUCUCUGUUGCCAUUCGAAGCAAUAACAGCAGAAACCUUUUAGAGAAAACGUGAGCGGACUCGGCGUGAAACAGUGGCCUUGUUAUCAGAGUAAUAUCGAGUCCUUGUACAGUUUGUGUUUAUUUUUUUAGAACGUUAGCUGUUAUGAUUCCAUUUUGUUGUUUUAUUUCAUUUCAUUGGGGUUUAUUUGGCUCACUGCACUCACACAAAACAUGAGAAAAACACCUGCAUACACUCACUCAGACUCCUGUAAAUACACGCACACUGUUUGAGGCGUAGCAGCAGUUUAACACAUUCACACAGACUCAGUUCUCUUUAGGGUUAGUUUUCUUUCAUUAUUGUGGCGGAUUGAUCGCUAUGUACAUUAAUGUCAUAAUUAUUGUUGUUUAUGAUUAUUAUUCUAUUUAAAAAGAAACAAAAACAAGAACGUGUUCUGUCGACGGACCUGUUAUACAAAUACACAUCGUUGUUCGAUGUGGAAACACUGUGAUUAUUGUCUAUUCUUAGCCAAUGUUGUUGGACAACAUUAGUUUUAGGGUGUAAAGAAAACAAAGCAAACAGAAUGGUGUUGGGGUGCAUUCACUUUCAGUUCACUGCAAAUUCAGCAAACAAAAAAAUGUGAAAAACCCUAAAAGAAUCCCUCUUAUCAGUAACUGAUCCGACACCCUGUUUCCAAGGAAUUUAUUCAAAAAAAUGCCUUACUUCAUCUUCACUGCAGUUUAUGAAAUACUGAUUGAACCGAAGGUUAACGCACCUCAUCGCCCAAUCAAAAAAGAAAGAAAAAAAAAAAACAAUCGGGGUGAACGGCAGGAUAGUUGAUAUUUAGAUAAUAAAGGAAUGCUAGCUAUUUUGUUCUUAAUACAGUACUUAUAUAUCAGACACUUUAAAUAGCCCUCCUCUUCCCUUUCUCCCCUGGUUCUGUUAGAUGAAUGUGAAUGUAUAAACCAAUGGUGUCCAUUUUAAUGUACUUGAAAACUGUCUUUUUUUUCUUUUGCUUCCCCCCGACCCCCCACCACCACCUAGAGCCUCUGGUGAAAUCUGGAGGCAUCACUAGUGCCUUGCAUCUUUCCUUUUGCUUGUUUCAUAGGGGGUCGAGGACUUUAGGUUAACGUAAGCACACUUGGCAGCCUUUGUGGAGAGAUUUUAGGGGUGUCACUUUGAAGUCAGUUGAGCCUGCAGUAGAUGGUUGUAGAUGCUGUAAUUCCAUCUGUUGUUAGCUGCUAAUGUGUGUGCUACAGCUGGCUUCUGGUUAAUUCUCUUUUUUUUUAACUCAAAGGCCUGAAUGGCUCCACAAGUUGGAUUCAAAACUCUGCUGCAAUUUAAGCCAAUGAGAUUGACCUCUGCAGAGGCAUGACUGUGACUUUGGCCCGGUUACACCACCUACAUGAUUAAAAGAUGGAGAUGGAGGGAAUGUGGGAGUUUAUAAGUGCCAUUUUCAGGGUUUUAAAUGUAGAUAUUGGAGGAAAAGAGAUGCAUUUAUUUUUUCAGGAGGGAGUUGUUGAAGAUUGUAUUUGAAGCUUGGACAACUCUGUACUUUAGAGGCACAAGAGCAAGAUUCAGUCAACAGAGGACGCAUUGGAAAUUACUCCCUUUUUUAUGUUUGGUGUGUCUCUCUAGUUGAGUUUCUCUCUUACCAAAAAAAUAGUGAUGUGGCCUCUGAUUAGAAUUGGUUGCUCUUGCUUUGAGCACAAUUUUACCAUUGAGUGACAGUGAGUGCAGACUUUGGCACAAACCUUACAGUAAAGUCACAACAACACAGCAGUUUGAAAUUGAACCAAAAACCCCUGAAAACUUUGAGUUUCUGUACUAUGUUAACACAUUGACAGUAGGCACCAAUCAGUGCAGUAACAAACAUUUUAAAGCUCCUAAGAGAAGUCUUUGCUGGUUAUGAAACAGACUAAAAUUAAUACUGAGACCUCAGUAUGAGCUUUUAAAGCAAACAAGACCAUCAGGAAGAAGACUGGACAUUUCUGUGUCGUUGUUAUUCACAUCUAAACAUUGCUGAAGGCGGGGUAGGCAUCAGAUGAAGCAAUUAAGUUCAACAGCAUGGUCUAAUUGGUAAAAUCCAGUUCAUUCUCUCCAUAGUUGAUUUAAUUUUUAGGCAUAUUGUCAGAGGUAUCCAAGUGACCACAAGUUAGAGUCUGGAAGACUGUUUUAUUCUCCUGUAGAAGACAAAAGUUUGCAAAAUAUCAACCUCUUUAAGAGAAACAUAUGCUGUGUCCGAAAUCACUCACAAUUCACUAUGAAGUGCGCUCGUUCUGUCCCACAAUGCAUUGUGUAAAGUAGCGAAAAACCGAUGGUCAUUAGCCAAGCACUAUUUACCAUCAUGCAUCGAGGUUGCUGCUCUCAAGCAUGACGGACGAACGAGUUUUGUUUAGUUGGUUUUAACCAAAGUAUUCAAUCUGUAAGAAAGUGUUAAGGAUUCAAAACAAAGUAACUUUUUCCCCCAUGAUGAUUACAAGAAUUGAGAUCAUCAUCUACAUGCCAAAAUAAGAGAUAAUACACACAAAAAUGUAUACUAUUUUCCCAAUCUCUACUAUUUUUCCAAGUCACAAAACUUUUUUCUAUUAGUAUUUUUAUUUUUUCUGAAAAUACAUUACGUUUGAUACCAGUUUUAAGUGAAAUUCAACCGUUAAUUUCAAUCCUCAGCUGUUGUCAUGGAAACCUACACGCUGUUGUUGCUAAAUGUUUUAAAUGCAAGACAACGAUGACAUCAUCGCCCGCAGCCAGAGUAGUGUCCAAAAUCAUUUUUGUGUUUUGCAGUUGAGUCCACAAUAUAGUCCACUAGCUGCUCAUAAAUAUAGUGGAUAGGGAGUGAGUGUGUGGUUUCAGACACAGCCAUAGUUUAUUCUUGAUCUCAGUACAACCACAGUACCCACAAUCCUAGACUAAUUAUGUCUCAGUAGUAUGAAGCAAUAUAUAAGCCACCCAUGACAAGUUAUAAAUAUGGUUUGAAAGUUUGAAAACUAUCCUUAACAACAAAUAAAAGGAAUUGCAAUGGUUUAUGGGAUAUGUAGUUCAUUUAUCCUCAUCAACAAGUGUGUGCACGGUGUUGUGCCUUUGCCUUUUUUCUCCAAUUCGAAUGCCGUUUUGCGCCAAAUUAAAUGUUUUAAAAUCAAUAGAGUGCAUAGGUAGCUGGCUAGCUUGGCUCAUGCAUUAAAGUCCUUAUAAAGUAAAAUUCAAAAUUUGUUUCUUAACAUACUAGAUAUGUUGAAACAAGGUUGAUGUAAACAUGUGAAAACACUGAGAUCAGUUUGUGACUGAAUUUUUGAUUUAGUCCCUUAGAAAGUUUUUCACCUCUCGUCUAGGGACUCGUCAUUCCAUCGUGAGGUAAAUUUCCCAAAUUUAUCAUCCUACAGCUCAUUAAAAGUAUCAUAACAGAGAGAUUUGUGCCAGAAAACAGUCAAUCUAAUCCCCAACUUUUGUCUGUCUGCUCUGGCACUGAGCCAGGCAUCUGCACCCUGAUCAGAGUUCACUGUAAGGUUAGGGGGCAGGCUAAUUGCUGGAGUGCUAGUCUAUUUUUCCUUAAACCAGAUGCAGCAGGAAAAAAACAUCUUACCUGUUGAAGGUAUGUUUUAAUCCAUGUUAUACUUGUCUUUGGUCCUGGACGAUUAAAAGAAGCAGACUGCGGCUUUGUCUCUCUCAAAGCAUAAACAUUUUAAUCCCUCAUGUCUCUUAGCGUCACAAUGCUAAAGUUUAGUAAAGUAUCUGAUGAUAAACACGGUCUAUUCCUGCCAAGUCUGUCACAGUAAAAGUCUCCAAUGCAUUGAAGACUUCUGUUUUUGGAGAGCAGCAUCAGGAAAUGGAGUGUUUUCAGCAGACGUCUUAUAACAUGGAGAGAGAACUGUGUCUGUCGUGACAUAAAUGUGAUUGUUUCUCUGGUGGCUUUAAAAGGAGAGUUGUGGCGUAGCAGACAGACGAUUUCUCCAGUCAGGUCAUAGCUUUUUUUAAAUUAUUAUUAUUUAUUUGAGAGUAUUGUAUUUCUUGCAAGCGGUCGUGCUUCAGCUCAUACAAGCAACACACCCCCACCAUCCCAGAGAAAAAAUUACUGCCUUGUUUUUCCUGAUUUUGAAGUUUAUUUUUAUAUACUCAGAGAUGUUUUUCCUGGCUGAAAUUUGGCCUGGUGGUUCAUAGCACAGUGGCCUGUCAUACUACAAACCUAAAAUACAUAUUUUAUUCAGUCACCUCACAGGGACUUUAAAAUGUUGAUAUUAAGAUUUCAAAAUAUCUAUGGAGGAUUUGAAUGGGAAAUUUACUUCCAGAAACAGCUGUCAAAAAAUGGGCAAGCACUGUUGAGCGCUUUUAGCAACAUGCUGCAGAAAUGGCCUUUUUUGCAUUUUCCACUGAAAACAUUCACAACUAAUGAUACAUUUAUAUUUUUUUUGGUCAGAAAAUAAGAUUGCCAGGUUCUGAUUGCUGCUUGGAUGCAGGAUUAACCUUUUCAGCCUUUUUACAUAAAAACAAACAAAUGUCCCUUUUUUGCCAAUGGUGGACCCUUAACUCAUGGUCAAAAGUUGAUGAGUAGUUUGACAAGUUUGACAAGUUUUUAGGGCUUUUUGCAUCAAAAGCAGCAAAAGAGAUUUGGGUCAUCUUGCUAGGUAUAACCCACUUUUACCUGAGUUAGAAAUAUAUUUGCUGUCUUAUGUUUUAAUAUCAAAAAGCAUUUAAAACCAGCAGGGCUACACUGUCUUUUAACAGAUGUCAUAGGGAGUGCCUGAUCAUCUUCUGCUUUUAGGACAAAAACCAUGGCAUACCAUGAAGGUAUGACAAAUCUUAUUCAGUCUGCUCCCGCUGUUUUGUUCUGCAGCUGCACUAUUGGGAUUUCACUCACAGAGCGAAUGUAAAGAAGUGUUUUAAGAUGGGGCGUCACAGUGCUAGAGGUGGUGUUGGUGGUGGUUAUGAUUGUACUGAUAGUGAUGAUGGUUAAGUGAUAACGGUGGGUUUAGAUUCAAGGCCUUUAACACCCUGUCCUCUUUCAUUUUCAGUGUGAAUGAAGCAUAUCUGGUACAAACCUAGACAUUCACUUAUUUGUUUGUUGUUGUUUGCUGGGAAUAGGUGUUACUUUGAACCAAGAGCAUAGCUUUCACCUGUUUUCUUUGGCAUUUUCCAUUUAAAUAAUAAUGCAACGUUUUUACUGCUAGGCAACUUUGGUUGAAGCUGUGAAUAAUCAUUGAGCCACUUUGCUUUGGUUGAGAGCAUUCUGUUUAUCAUGAUGUAAUAAGAAGUCAAACCUUUAACUCAGUGCCAUUUGACUUCAGAGGAAUGAAAACAUCAGAGGAAGAGUUUUAAAAAAGAGUGUAUUUAACUGCUUUUUCUCACUGGAGCUGCUUUGAUUGACAGGUAACCGCCUGGAUUUUCACUUUGAAACGCUCGAGCCUCUUAUGAUUUCCACAAGUUUGAUGCUGUUUUGCAGUGUUUAUACGUCGUUACUUAAGAUACAUAAAGCAAUGCAAUAUUAUUUAAAGUUACAUUGGAAGGACUCAUGCAGUGUAGCAGUGCUUGUUUUCUUUCUUACUUCAUGUUUUACAGUUUUUGCCUGUUUGGGACUCACUUUCCUUCUCUGCUUUUUACUGUUAAAGUGCCCACAUGUACAAAAUGCCUUUCAGAUCAACACAGACUUUCAUUCUUUGCCGUUUUUUCACUGCUUGCUCCUGUGGAUGAUGUCGAGUCUCGAGCAAAGUGACAGUUUCUCCCACAGACUGUUACUGAAAACAUGUUGAUUAUGUUUCUGCUCUCACUGAUGUUUUAUUUCUCACAUUUUAUCAGCAGUUUUAAUGUCUUUAGUGGCACCUAACUGAAUUCAGUGGUUUCAUUUGUUUCUGUUUGACAUUGUACAAAGUGGUUGAAAAUAAAAACACAUGGAUGAAUGAAUGAAAGAAAAUCAAGAAAUACAUGUAGGGAGUCAUCGGCAGCCUUUAAAGGUAUGUUUUGCACUAAGUAUAGAGUGUUCAAGCUUCAUAUUAAAAAAGUUUGCGCUUUGCGCUACAACAUAAUGAAAUUUGUUACUUUAUUUGUAAAAACUUAAUAAAUAAAAGUUGUUUAAAUGA